AUGAGAGCCGGCGCGCCCCCCAGCGGACACCUGCGGCGCCUGGCCACCUCUCGCCGCUGCCGCGCUGUCCCUAUUAACAGCCACGUCCAACCACACCCCACGACGCUGCCACCUGCGGUCUUCAACAUCAGUACUCCGCAAGCCAUCUUCUGCGCCGUGGCGGAGGGCAUCCCGGCAGACAACCCGCACCUGGUGCUGCUGUUCUUCAUCUCGCAGCUGCUGCUGAGAGAGCUGGCCAAGUGCCGACGGCUCGUGCAGGUGGUGCCCAUGGACAUGUCCGGCCUGUAUGAGAACCGGCCGGGUCCGUCGAACCUGGGCAACGUGAUCAGCCAGAUCCUUCUCUGCAAGACCAUCACGCCCGACUUCAACCAGGAGGAGCUGUGUAGCAUCGCCAAGGACUCGCAGGACGUGCUGCGGCUGUUGCAGGACAUGCAGGAGUACCUGCCGAGGCAGGAAGCGGGCACAGAGCGGAACUCGGCGCUCCAGGAAGCGGAAGGCAGCCGCAGCGGAGUAUCCAAGAUGAAGAUCAAGCCGACAGGUCUUCGCUUUGAAGAGCUUACAACCUGUUCGGUGCGGUGA